AUGAACAAUUCAAUUGGCCAAAGAAAUAUUAUACAAAAUUAUGCUUUAGAUACUAGUUUCUAUCGUGUUAAAUAAAAUCAAUCAAUACUUACUACUCGUCAUUCCAAAUUACCUUCAUUUAAUAACCCCAUUCCAAUUUCAACUCCUACAUCUCCUAAAGAAUAACAAAGUAUGUGGAAAACAAAUCUUUGUUUUCAAAAUGAUAAUUCUUUCAGUCACAAUAAAAAAAGACAAGAAAAUUUCUCUAGUAAUAAGAAGAGUGUCAGUCCUCAAUUAAGAUAAUUACCUCGCAAAUCAUUUCAAUUAUAACUGGAUUAGUAACCUAAACUUUUCUAAGCACCUAAAUCAUAAGAAAGACGAAGCUUUAGAAACUCUACUUAUUCUAGACCUAAUUCAAGACUUAUUGAAGAUCAGUACACUUUAAAAGUAGCAUCUAUGAAUACUGAAAUUGGAAGGGGCAAUUUUAAAUUUCAUUAUGUCCUAGGAAAAGGAGGAUUUGGAAAGGUGUGGAGAGUAGAGAUGAUUAAAACACAUAAACUAUUUGCUAUGAAAGAGAUGAGUAAAGCAAAGUAAAUCUAAAUUUUGCUAAAAGGGUUUUGGCCAAAAAAUCUGUCAAUUCAGUUAUGAAUGAACGUAUUCUUCUCUCACAACUUAAACAUUCCUUUAUAGCCAAUAUUCAUUACUCCUUUUAAGAUAGAGAUAACUUGUAUCUUGUACUUGAUUUGUUAACUGGAGGCGAUCUUAGAUUUCAUAUUGGAAAAAUGCGUAGGUUUUCAGAAUAACAUACUAGUAUAAAACUUAAAUUUAAUUUUUAUAGAGUUCUUAAUUGCAAGUAUGCUAUUAGCUUUAGAUUAUCUACAUAAAAAUGGAAUUAUUCAUAGAGAUAUCAAACCUGAAAAUAUUGUUCUUGAUAAAAAAGGAUAUCCAAGAUUAACAGAUUUUGGAAUUGCUAGAAUAGUAAAACCAGAAAAUUCCCAAGAAACUAGUGGAACUCCUGGUUAUAUGGGUAUUUACAUAAUUUAUUUAUUAUUAGCUCCAGAAGUUAUGUUUAGAUCGAAUCACAGUUUUGGUGUUGAUCAUUUUGCAUUAGGAGUAAUGGCUUAUGAAUUUAUGAUGGGUAAAAGACCAUAUUUAGGAAAAACUCGUAGAGAUAUUAGAGAUGCAAUUAUUGCAAAAUAGAUUUAACUUAAAAAAUAAGAUAUUCCUCCUAAUUGGUCCUGGGAAGCAGCUGAUUUAAUUAAUCAAUUAUUAUAAAGAAAACCAUAAGCUCGUUUAGGGUAUAAUAGUAUUGAAGAAAUAUAAAAUCAUCCAUGGUUUUAAGGAUUUCCAUGGAAAGGAUUACAUGAGAAGUAGUUGCCAUCUCCUUUCAAAUUGACUAAAUCAUCAGAUGAAGACUUCAUUCGUGAGAUUUCCUCUGAUCAUGAUUCAUAAGAUGAAUUGAUAUAGGAAAAUAUAUUAUUACUUAGAUAAGAAACCAUUUAAAAUCUAUUUGAAAAUUAUACAUACUCAAAGGAACAUCAAGUAACAAUCAAGAGAUUUUGA